AUGUCGGACCACCACAGCGUGUACGGGCUGAUCUUCGCCUGCACCGGCGGCGCCAUCCUGGGCAUGGGCCUGUGCGCCAACCUGCUGGCGUUCUCGCUGUUCGCCAAGCGCGGGGCGCUGCGGCAGGGCCGGCUGGACGCGCUGCUGCUCAGCAUGGCGCUGGCCGACGUCCUCACGCUGCUGCUGGUGCCCUUCACCCUGCACUCCGCCCUCAGCUUCACCUGGGCGCUGGGCAACGCCUCCUGCAAGGUGUACCAGGUGCUGCUGGCCUUCUCGCUGGCCGCCAGCACCUACUCGCUGUGCGCCGUGUCCGCCGCGCGCGCCAUGGCCGUCACCAACCCCUACCGCCCGCCGUCCCGCGACCUGCUGGCCGCCAUGUUCGUCCUGGUCUGGGCCUCCAGCUUCUUCGUCAGCGUCCCGCUGCGGAUCUUCGCCACCAUGGAGACGGGCCAGGCGCCGGACCACUCCUACUGCCUGCCCACCGUGCAGGAGCACCACUACCAGGUGGUGCUGAGCCAGUUCGUGCUCUACUACCUGCUGCCCAUGCUGGUCAUCGCCUUCAACUACGCCCGCCUGGGCCACGUCCUCCGCCGCGCCCCCAUCCUGUCGGCCGCCGGCGCCCGCAGCACCCGCCGCGCCUCCCUCAUGGUCUUCCUGGCGGCCGCCACCUUCACCGUCUGCUGGUUGCCGGGAUACGUGCUGGAGCUGUGCGUCUACCUGGGGCUGUAUCGCCACGGCUACGCCUGGGAGACCUUCUACUUCGUGUGCACGCUGCUGCAGUACAUGCACCCCUGCGUGAACCCGCUGCUCUACGUCCUGCUGGCCAAGAGGCACCGCCCCCAGCGCCGGCCCCGGGGAGGCUGGCUGCAGCGCUGCAACAGGGCCAGGGUGCGCCCCCAAAUCAGCAGCGUGGCCCACGGGAUUUAA